AUGACUGACGACGCUACUUCCGAUCCUCUCACGCCCACAACCGACCCUAAGUACGAACACCACCCGCGACCCAUGAUGGACGACAUCACCGAACCCCUCAACAACAACAAUAACAACAACAACAACAACAAUUCCCAUGCACUCCCUGCCGAUCUGUGCGAAAGCAAUGAUGGCAACAACGACAACGUACUAAAAGCUCUCCAACGUCUCUCCGCAAAACUCAAUACCAACCCCCCAAAUAUCCCCUUCCUUUCCAUCCACCCCGAAGCCAGAUAUGAUUGUCCCCAACCCCCCAGCGCGACAGCUGACUUGUCCGACAAAGAAAAGGACAUUGUGACUUCAACCUCACAAGAUGUGUCCAUCGCCGAGUUAUUCCACGAGAUCAAGAGGCUCGAGCAGGAAGUCCGGAGCUAUGGUAAGAAGGUUGACAGCCUGAACUUCAAGAUCGAGCUUCUCAAGCAGGAGAAUGACACUCGCUGGGAGAGGGUUGGCAUGGGGCAGAAGCAGGAAGAGAAGCUGGCUAAGGUGGGGGAGAUCGCGAAAACAUGCGAUAGGAAUUCAUGGUCGAGUUCGAAUUCGAAUUCGAAUUCGGAUUCGGAUUCGGAUUCGGGUUCGGAAACAACUGAGUCGAGGACAGAAAGGCCUGUAAGAGAGGGGCUCAAUAAUAUCAACAUGGAGAUGGGGAUUAGCAAGGGCGAAGACUGGAAGCGAGAGGAGUUGCGCAAGAGGCUGGAGGAGCUGAGGGGCGAAUGGGUUAGGAGGAAGGAGGAAGAGGAGGACAAGAAGAAGAAACAUUAUAUUUCAGAGGUCAACAAGGGUAGAGUUAUUAUAUCGGAGCAGGUUAGGGGAGUAAGGAAGAAGAAGGAGUGGUCGACGAGGUUGACUGUUGGAGAACCAUCAUGGGAACUGUGGGCGGAGGAGCAUGUAUGGGAUGCGAGAACAAGAGGGCCAUCACAAGAGGGGGAUACAGGGAUGAAGGGUAGUUUGGGAGAGCUCAAAUGGUGCGCGGCCUCGGCUGGGAACGGGGGAGAAGAGGAGGAUGUACACUCAAGAAAGAGAAAGGUCCGGUUUGUGGAUGAAGAAAAUGGCCAUGGGCUGUUGGGAUCAAAGCAAUUUGACUACGAACGAACAUCAGGAGAGGGGGGACAGAUGUCGGGAAACGAUGUUACACCCUCAAAUAAAGAUGAUAGAGCCUUCUCCGAGCAGACCCACAUCGAUAUUGAGGAACAUGACGACGCCGAAACCCCCGAGGAAGAUCAAUUCUCCAGAGAGGAGCUUACAGCCCUUCGCAAGGAGAACACCCAACUUAAAGCCGAAAUUGGCGACCUCUGGGUCCAAGUCUGCAAAGAGACUGAGGAAACCAGGCAGUGGCGGGACUGGGCUCAGUGGCUAGAGGAAGAGAACGCUAGGCUACAAGAGGAGAAUAACCAGUUAUCUUUGGAACUCGACGAAGAAAGAAGAGAGGGUAUUGUCGAUUGCAUAGUUAACUCGCUGUUAGAUCUGUUUUUUGGGAGUAGUUCCUCUCUUGACGCUGCUCAGACUCAUGAACAGGGGCAAAAUGCUGGGAGGAGGACUCUCUCCUUGGAGAAUCCUGGUGUUGCUGAGAUGUUGAGAGUUACCGUGGCCACAAGGACGGCAUUUCAAGGGGGUAUUGAGGUCGGAGGGGAGUGGUGGCUGAGGAUGGGGCCAACAUAUCAGUGGUGUGUUGAGAGGGGGGUUGGACUUUUGUCGUGGGCGUGGCCGAAGCCAGAGGGAACUCUUCAGAAACGCCAUGUUGGGUAUGGACUAGAAGACUGGAGCUGGCCUGGUAGCUCCAUGGAAGCCGUCCAAAGUCUGGGUGAUGAGGAGCAGGAGAAAGAAUAA